GCAUAUCAGGCACAGUAGCUUUGAUAUCAGGCAUAGAAGGAUUGACACUAGGUCUUGAUGCUACAGAGAUCCUUUUAUCAUGAUCAACUAAAGUGUUAGAAACAUAAAGAUUACACUCCACUACACCAGGCGUAUAAGUUCUUGUGUCUGCUUGUGAAUCAGCAUAGACUUUCUCACGUGCCUGAGAUUUAGCAAUUUUAAUGUCUAACUUCAAAGAUUGCAAUUUCUUAGACUCUUCAAGAAAAGACUUUUCAACUAAAAGUUCAGCCAACCUUGCACGCUCCUUUGUAUAUGCUGACCUGGUUGAACUCCUGGAAUGUCUCGAUGACUUGAAACUUUUUGAUGACUUGAACUCCCUAGAAGACACACUUUCAAGGUGAUCCGCCAGGACAUUCUCCAUGCGAGUAAUCCAAUUUUCUACUUCGCUACGAAACUGUAGAAUGGAAAUCUCCCUCUCCUGGUGACCCAUCUGCUCUGAACUCUGCACAUCCUCUGAAAUAAGCUCUUCAUAAUAAUUUGUGAAACAUACAGAAUACUUUUGACACAAGUCUUUAUAUUCAACAAAGGUAAGCUGAACAACAUGCAAAUUGUCACUACUGCUACUGAUCAAGAGUCUAGAAAGUUCUGUUCUCUUCUUAGUAAGAGAAGAGAGAACAUCGGUCACUCUGGUUUUCAACAAACGAAUCUGUUCAGCUUUCCCGUGCUCAGUAAUUGUCCUUUGACGACCAGAACGACGUAGAAUGUUCUCACCACCAGCACCACUAUCCUCCUGAAUGUCAUUACUCACUUCAUUACCUUGUCUAGUCUCAAUCACACUUGCACCUUGAGCUAGCUGUUUCUGUUCUGUAGCGGUCUCAUCACCACUAUCUAUCAGCAUCCUUUCUUCUGUGUCUAUGCCCCGUUGUCAUCUUGAGCGUUGUCGUUGGGCAAUACACCGUUAGGAUUCAUGAUGUUGUAACAAUCACCAAACUUCAAUGAAAAUUCACGAAAUUCAAAAUCCAAAAUAUGUGCAGUCUAUGGUCAACAGUCUACACAAUGUCUUCCUAAUCAUUUAGAUGCAGGGAAGAUUUUCUUGAACUAUAUUAUAGCAGAAAUCAACAGUCUUGAUACUCUCAAUUGAUGUUUAUUGUCCGUUAUUCGUUGAAAAUAAUAAGUGAAAAGCUCAUUCGUUUGUAUCCGUUAACAUGCUUUUCCUUUGAACGUUGAAGUUCAAGAAACUAGAAAAUAACAAGAAAAUGUUCUAAGUUACAGUGUAAACAGUGAAUUGGCUAAGUUGUUACAAAUACAAAAUUCUACAAAUAUUAUAUCAUUUGAAGAUAAAUGAUAGCUUCAACAUUACUUUAGAUGUACACACAUUGUAUAAAUAUGAAUAAGCAGGUUAAAAACUUACAUCUGUGUUCUGCAAUAGUUCAUGACAUGUUUCUCCAACAUGGAGACCUUUCAAACUGAAGGUGACAGUGGAUGAGGUCACAUGACUAAUCCCAUGAUGCAACACAACUGAUUAUAAGUCACAAAAACUUUUGCCUGAACCUGGGAUUGAACCCUGGACCUUUAUGCUGCUAGUCCAGUGACAUAACCAACAGACCAUUGUUAAGGCUGAUAUCUGUACAUGAAAUUCAUAACAUUUUUGCAUAACAGAUUUGCAACAUAAAUUAUACAUUCUGCACUAACACUACUACAUAUCACUGAAACGUAUGCUAAUGGAGCCUUUACACAGGAUGGCGACCUUUGUGCCUCCCGUGUGCGACGUUAAAAUUUGUCAGGUCGUCGAUGGAGGCUAAAAGGAGGCAGAAUGGUUGCCUAGGUCGAUCCAAGGUGGUACACAGGAGGUUCAGACAUCGCAAUGGACGCCAUGGUCGCCGUGAAUGUUCAAAACAGUCUCACAAAGGUCGCCGAGGAGGUUGGUUGCUCAAAGGUGGCUCAAAGGAGGCAGAAGGGAGGCACAAGCAUUCCCGUUUUUGCAGAAUUAAGGCACACUGGUCGCCCUAUGGUCGCCAGGUAAUAGAUACGUUCUGCUGAAAUAUUGUCCCGUAAAUCUGGGCGAUGCUUCUGCCUACGUUGUGCCUUCUUUGGACGACCAACAGCGUGCAUUGAACGAUGACUAUGGCGACCGCCGUGCCUCCAUUUGGCGACCACGGCAACCCUUAAGACACCAUGGCAAUGCUUAGGCCUCUUUUCUGCCUCCUUUGAGCUACCUGUUGUGCCUCCUCAGCCUGCCUAUACAUAGAGGGCUAGUACCUGCAGUGUUUCAUUGUGGUUGCAGAUGCUGAACAACUCGAGCAGUUACUGCUGAACAACUGCUGGAGCAGUUACAUAGAAACAUGAUUUUCUGGGUUAAGGCGACCAUUGAGCGUCCUGGCCAGUUUUUGAUCGCUCAAAGGUGGCACAAAGGUCGCAGCCCUGUGUAAUGGGGCCUUUACAGAUGGCAGUUAAAAUACAAUGCAAGUAAAGUGCUGUAUUAUCAUUUAAAUGUGCAAUAAAACUUACGCAGCCCUUAAACUUAUAUUUAGGUGAAAUCAAGCUCCCAGUAAAGGAUUCUGUUAUAUAUGCAGGAGUAUUUAUCUGUACAGGAAGAUUAUCCUUGAGCGUCAACCCUAGCUUGUGAGAAACUCAAAAUCGAUUAAUAUUAAUCAGAACCUUGGCUUGGACUUUGGUGGUCCUAACCCAACUGCUGCUGUUCGUAUAUGGGACAUGUUACAGAUUGUCACAAAAUAUAAACUAGGCGAUGAAAUAGACAACUUUGUAUUAAUUCUCGUUUUGUUAAGAAAGAAAUCUUGGACCUCAUUAGUUAAGCAAAGUGUACGCCACCACGAUACAUUAGCAGUAGAAAGGGAACUUCAAACCAGAUUAGCACUGUCUAGAUACAUCGUUAUCAGAUCCGGUAGUGCACCGAGGUUAUGGAAACUUGCUACACUACACACAGAUAACUUUGCUGACAUUGCUAGGCUUGCAUGCAUAGGACCAUCCUCUAUACAGCCUAAAGAAUGUCAGUGUGGCACAGUUGCUAAUGAUAUUGUUAAACGUGUGUUUAUGUCAUGUCAAAUCAACCUCCACGAAAGAGACCUCCUGUUAUAACAAAUUGAAUUACUAAAACUUGCUACUGUUGAUUUCCACUACCAUUAAUUUAGCUCUUGUGUUGUAAUAACUAUACACAUACAUAUGCUGUAAUCUUUAUAUUAUGGAGGAAAUAAAGAAUAUCUAUAUAUGAUCAGCUCAGGAUGAGCCAAGCUGAAAAAAACGAUAUUUGUUGCGCGCAAUUUCACUACAAGGCUUCUUAUUCUCUACAGCUUCAACAAAUAUUUCUCAGAUGGAUCUUUGAAUUCAGGAGUCUAGCUUGGUAGUGCUUCUCGGUACCUAUUAGUAAUAAGGAUAAAUACCAUAAAAAGAUCUAAGGAAAUAUUGCGCAUUAAGAUAUUUGAAACCAGGACUCAAACGGUAUUUGGGAGUAUUUUUACCCUUUUAGUACAAUUGGUGUUUUCCCCCUUUUUUUGACGAGCUUGACUAUAUGGGAUAUAUCAUGAGUGCUAUGACCCAGAAAGCAGCAAUAAUCCUAUUCUUACAUCAAAACUCUGAAGUGAUGAAUACUAUUUCUCUGUGUGAUUUCUAAAUGAAAUACAAUAUACAUAUAUUGUGUUGGUGCCUGGACCUUAGACCAUUCCUUAUCUGUAUAAAAAGUCCAAGACAAUGCAGUUAUUUCUGUACCAAUAUUGUGCACUUUGGGGACUUUGUAACAAAUAACAAACUUUCAGAUGUUUGAAGCUACGAGUCUAGCUUUAAGGUGUGACACCUCGGUAACCCGACAACUUACUAUUGUCUGGGCCCUAGCUGUUAGCUGUAUCUAUGUGUCUGGCUUGGCCUGGAGACAUUACAUCGAUUCUCUGCACGGUGAACUUCAAAGAUCCAGCUUGAGUAACAAUACAAUUUGGAAUACAUGUUUACUGCACCCAUACAUAAAGACGUUUUGGGAAGACACAUUUAGUCAAUAAUAUACUGGCUUUGGUCAAACAUACCUACCUGACUGCUCUUUUAUUAUGUCCCAUUUGAGACAUCCAGGCAAAAGUCCAUUUACUUACAUACACUUUCAUAUGACCCAAUGAGAUAUAUAUAAUCUUUAUCUACAAAAUGGCAAAUAAUUUGGCACCUGCUUAUCUCUGCAACGUAGUCCCAGACCAGGUUAACGCUCGCAGUGAUCACAGCCUCCUCAGACCUCCAAACAAUAAGAUGUAAGACUGAACACUACGCAGGCUCCUUUAUACGUAACUCUACAAAGUUAUGGAAUAAUCUAUCAGAAGAAAUUAAAUCUACUGGCUCAUACUCAAAUUUCCGAGAUAUAUUAUCAUGCAAGAACAAUUACAAACAGUUCUUUCCUACAGAUUUUGGAACCAGAUUCUGUCAAAUUAUUCACUGCCGCCUCGGACUCGGCUGUGACCUAAACGGACAUAAAUUCGACAGAUUCAUAACUCACAGCCCAGAUUGUUCCCGAGGUCACCACUAUAAAGACCCGCUAAACUACUACUUCUGUGUUGCAAUAAUGAUCCAAUUAGAAGCAAAUCAUUAUAUUACAUAAAAUAAUAUGAUAUUAAGAAAGUACGUUACGGAUGUGAAGGCCUAUCAUCUGAAGCAAAUCAAGAAAUUCUUGUAUUUGUCCGUACUUUCAUCACAAAUUCUGGUAGAUUUAAACUUAAAUAAUACACCAAACUCUCACAUAUAAUAUAUGUGUAUCUUGUGUACAUUAUGUAGUACUUAAUGUUACGUAUAGAUGAGUUGCAGCAGACUUGCCGUUCCGUCUCCGGUCGCGCAUGCGCAUCGUGCGUGCGGCAAAAGACCACGGAAGUGAACCGCGACGACCCGCUGUCAAGGUCAGAGCUGUCAAACUUCGCGCUGCCGUAUUUACGUUCCGUGUUUACACAUUUAUCAUGAGUACCUACUACAAACAUCUUUGUGCAGUAGACAAGCUUCGUUACGAAGAAAAACUUAAUUUACUUGGAUUUUCGCUAGAUUGGGAACCAUAUAUCAUUAAUAAGUACUGGAUUGACGACGUUUCACAGUAGCCAAACUUGCAGUAUGGCGACCUGUACACGUAUCUAAUAGAUUCGCCUGGUCCUUUUACCAGAAAGAGUUUGCGAUGUUUUCGUUCACUAGAGGCCUAUACUUUGUUUGAAAGUGGAUGGGUUCAUACGUGUCUCAUCAGGUACAACUCUUCACAGACCAAGUGCAUGAUUAAGGUAAGUCAUCAAUGUUAAUAUUUUUAUCUGAACAUGCAUUAUAUUAGGCCUAUCUUUACGGUCGUGGCAUAUAAUUCUAUGCGGCGCCAUAGUAUGUGUUUUCCAUGGUCAGUGUACUCUUAAUCCAUAGUUUGUGUGUAAACAAAAAAAAGAUCUUAUUUAGAAACCACUGAAUAUCAAAUAUUAUAAUCAACCAAUCGCAUGAAUGUCUGUGACAGCAAUAUAUAAUUUUUUUAAAUGUUGAUUGAUUUUUCAGGCCAAGGUUCACAGAUCCCAAGCUGUGACAGAGAAGCCCCAUGAAGCCUGGGUUGGUCUGGAUAAGAGUGGCAGGGUGGAGUGUGCACACUGUACAUGCAUGGCAGGAUUGGGUGAAGUCUGUUCACAUGUUGCUGGUAUCCUAUUUAAAGUGGAGGCCUGUGUUCGAUUUGAGUACAACAAAGUUUCCUGUACGUCCAUGCCCUGUUCCUGGAAUCAGACAUUCACAAAGAAGGUUGAACCAGCUAUGGUGGCAGACAUAAAUUUCUCCAAAGUCAAGAAGGUGCACUUGGCACCACCUCUGGCCCAGAGACAACCAGUUAAAUUUGCAGAUAGUUCUAGUCUUUUAGUAAAGUUGAGAAAAAGUGUACCCUCCGCAGCCAUAUUUACUAUUACUAACCCUGUUAUUACCGACUGGUCCGAAGAAGAACAUGCCCAACUUCCUUCUCCACUAUCACUUUUAUUUGAUGAGAAAUAUAAACAUUUGACUGAGGCAGAGUUGAAAUGUAAAUGUGAGAAUGUUUUUUCUGAUGAGUUAAAAAUAACACAGCAGGAAGCUACAGUGUUGGAGAAAGAAACCAUCUGUCAGAGUGGAUCAGCUACCUGGUUUGAGUACAGAAUAGGACGUUUAACUGCCUCUAAUUUUAGUUAAACAACAAACAAACAAAUGCUGCUGAUCAUGCUUGAUAACUGACCACCAAGUGACCAGUGAAUAGUCUUCCAAUCACGUAGACCAGUUGUCGAGUUGCAAUCGUCAUCGCGGGGAUAUUCACAUUUGAAGGAUUUAUUCUUGGAAGCUUGUCAUCCGAUGUGCGAAUUCUCUUCAUCGCCUAUGGUCUUCUUAUAGACAUUGGUCCCGUCUUGACGAAAAUGGACGAAAACACACGCCCGGAUACUUGGCGUCAUAUGAUCGUCGCGGCUUCCUUCUCCACACUGUUGUUUUGCUCCUCCACGAUGUAUUCUAACGGCGUGUUUCUCGUGGCCUUCAAGGACACCGGCCUUUAUGACGUCACCACGCUGUCCUGGCUGAUGGCUUUUUCCAACACGAUGCACGCUGUUGGUGGACCAGUGAGUAGCCUUCUAAUUACGUUGACCAGUUGUCGAGUUGCAAUCGUCAUCGCGGGGAUAUUCACAUUUGUAGGCUUUAUUCUUGGAAGCUUGUCAUCCGAUGUGCGAAUUCUCUUCAUCGCCUAUGGUCUUCUUAUAGGCAUCGGCCGUGGGACCUCCUUUGCUACUACAAAUGUAAACAUUGGCUACUGGUUUCGAGAGGAUAGCAGCAUAGCCUCUGGGUUGACGACAGCCGGAGUUGGGGUCGGAAUGUUGAUUCAUCCUCGUCUAGUCCAGGCCUUUAUUGACUGGUAUGGUAUACAUGGAGCACAGUUAAUGAUGGGAGCCGUCUCAUUUCAUACUUGUAUAUGUGGUCUUCUUCUACGACCUUCUUCCUUUGAAAAAGGGAGGCAUAAUAGAAGUGCGGAAGAAACACCUUUACAGGUAUCUGUUCCCUGUGCGGAGAGGAUGACUGAUGCCAUUGCACAGAUGAAGCCAAUAUGGACAAAUGGCCCAUUUUUAUUGUUCAUGACUGGAGUGUGUUUAUUCAAUACGUCAUUCCUUGUGAUAAGUACGUUCAUCCCUGAUUACUUCAACCUUAGAGGAUCCACACACCAGGAAUCAGCCAUGGCAGCGUCUAUUAUUGGAUGUGGAGGUCUUUUAUCGCGUGUUUUGGCCGGUGUUAUGACAAACGACCCCAACAUCGGCACAAUGCUUCUGUUGUCAAGUAAUUGUGGAAUUUCCGGCAUUCUAACAUUACUCCUGCCAUUACUAGCCGGUUCAGAGGCGGGGAGAUACAUAUAUUCCUUUUGUAUCGGUACAUACCUCACCUGUAUCUAUGUCGUCUUGGGUCCUACUACUCUCCAGAAAGUUGGUCUGCAACAUCUAGCGUAUGGAUUCGGAUUCAUGUUUCUAAAUACUGGUAUUGGGAACCUGAUUGGCCCCCCGAUUGCAGCAUACAUUCGGUAUCGGACAAAUUCUUACUACGCUUUGUUUGUGUUCACAGCGUGUCUUCUCCUGGCAGCAAGUUGCUGUGGGUUUCUGUCAGAAAUCGUAACGAAUAAUGAUGUGAAGGAUGCCAUCCUAGCACAAGACACUCUCUUGACGAUCGAUCCAAUUGAACAGAUAAGAAUGUCAGAGUCUGCCGAAACAGAUCCAGGGAUGUUUUCAGCAUCAGAAGCCCAACAUGAGCAAUCAUCAGAGAUCAUGAAUACAUUUACAGUAACAAUUUAGACAUCUGUUCAUUCCACUGUGUUACAGGUAUUCGACUAGUUCGGAUAUUUGACAAAGUGCUUCGUGAAGAGUUAGAAUCCAACUGUCGGUGUGACAGGAUUUAAUCACUCCUCUCAAAUUUCACAGCAUUAGGAUAGAAUCCCUCUAGAGUGACCUGAUCCAAGAAAUUACACAGUCUUGAAUCCAUUUAUCCUGGGAUCAAAUCAUUCCCCUCCCCGAUCAAAUGUUAAUCGCCCAGGAAUCCAUGUCAGUGAUAGCCAUUAUCCCAGUAGUUUCUCCAGAUUCCCGAUGGUUAUUUCUGACUCGAUCGCCGAAUGAUAAGGUCGACGCCAUAUUUGUUUAUAAAGUAGUCCCUACUUGACCUUUGAUGUAUGUAUGUAUGUGAGAUGAGGUGAGGUGAAAUUGGGUUCAACGUCGCGUCCAAGAUUAUUGCACUUAUGUGUGUGUGUGGCUGCUGGUACUAGUCCGG